AUGGCGACAGUAUGCAGUAUCAGUGGUGAGCUGCCUCAGCAACCUGUUGUAUCGCGCAAAAGUGGAAAUGUGUACGAGAAAAGACUGAUAGAAGCAUACAUUUCUGAGAAUGGUACAGAGCCAACGACGGGUGCGCCUCUAACCACCGAAGACCUACUCGAUAUACAAGGCGCCCACACUGUCCGCCCAAGACCGCCCGAGCUUACUUCUAUACCAGCGCUGCUCGGCGCAUUUCAACAAGAAUGGGAUGCCCUUGCCCUAGAGGUCUUCACACUUCAGCAAAAUCUUGCUCAGACACGACAAGAACUUAGCACAGCUCUGUACCAGAACGAUGCCGCCGUCCGAGUCAUUGCGCGAUUGACACAAGAACGGGAUACAGCAAGAGAAGCGUUGAGAAACAUUAAUGUGGCAGGCCCGGCAGCACAGAGUACGAAUGGAGAUGCGAUGCAUGUGGACAGCCGUCCUCUGCCUGAUGCAGUACAAGCCAGGAUUGUCAGCACACAGCAAGAACUGAUGAAGACCCGGCGCAAGCGACCAGUCCCAGCAGAAUGGGCUACCCCUGACACAAUAUCACUUUUCAAGCCUGUCAGGACGGUCGAGACAUCUUGUUCAGACCCUUCGUUUUUGUCAGUCAGAAAGUCCAAAAGUACAGCCAUUAUUGGUAGCAGGCACGGCGGAGCUUACACGAUAUCGCUAGCUGAUGGCACGGUCAGCACAGUCGCCUCUAAUGCUGAUGCCAUCACGGCAGGGACUUGGGUGGGCUCGCGCAUCGCUAUCGGUACCUCUUCAGGCAAAGUGAAGAUCAUCGAGAACGGCGAUGAAGUUGCGUCUUUUGGUUCUCAUACAGGCCAAGUCACUGGUUUGUCUCUGCAUCCAUCGGGUGAGAUCCUGGCAUCCGUCAGCUCAGACAAAACGUACGCAAUAUACGACUUGAAACAGAAUCAAUCAGUUACCCAAGUACAAGCUUCUUCAGAUGGCCACUUGUUGGCGACAGGUGGCCGAAAUGGACAAUUGCAGAUCUUCGAAGUCAAUAGUGGCUCGGUUGGUGGUGUCUUCGAGCUUGGAGCUCCUGCUACAGCGAUUUGCUUCUCGGAGAACGGAACCUGGGUGGCAACUGCCACGAAAGGCUCAACGGCUGCUAGCAUAUGGGAUCUCCGGAAGACAGGUGCUGAAGGUCUAAUUCACACACUGGAAGUCGGCCACGAUAUCACUUCCCUGGAUUGGGAUUACACCGCUCAAUACCUUCUCAUUGGUGGAUCGGCUGGAAUUACUGUCAAGCAAUACACGAAGUCGACGAAGUUGUGGUCUGAACCAUUCACGGCACCCUUGUCCUCUGUUGGCCUAGGCUGGGGAGAUUCUGCUCAGAGCAUAAUAAGUGUUGAUUCUCAAGGAUUGACCACUGCACUUUCUAGCGCAUAA